GCAGUUCAGCUUGAAGGAGAGUCGGUGAAACAUGUCGUCUGUGAAAACGGAUCAGUCCUGCAGCAAAUUUCAGGCGAACAUAUUCAACAAAAGCAGAUGCCAGAACUGCUUCAAAUCCCGUGAGCUGCACCUGAUGACCAGUGAGGAGUUUGACCAGGCAAAGCCGAUCUAUGCGAGCUGGCUGUGCCUCGCACCCGAAGGGACUGACUUUGAUAAUCCGAUGCAGCGAUCCAGGAAAUGGCAGCGCCGCUUUUUCAUCCUCUAUGAACAUGGCAGUCUGCAGUUUGCUUUGGAUGAGUCGCCCAGUACUAUUCCACAAGGCACCGUGGACCUGAAUCUGUGCACUGAGGUGAUUGACGGUGAGGCCAGGACGGGGCAGAAGAAUGCUCUUUGCAUCAUCACCCCGGAGCAGGAGCUCUACAUCCGAGGAGACAGUAAAGAAAUCAUUAGCGGUUGGAACGAGCAGCUCACAGUUUUUCUUCAGACCAAUCAACAGAACCGAAGAAAGAAGAGGAAGGCGUCUUCUGUUCAAUCCCAGGAGCAAACUUGUGAGAAAGCAGUGUGUAAUAUUGGAGCCUCAGAAACAGGAGCAGCAGAAAGCAAUGAACCCUGCAGUCCAGAGCAAGAUGAUGGACUGAGUACAAAGACUUGGGCAAAUAGGAGAGACCAAGAUGGGACAAAUGCUCUUGCUACUGAAUACCUGGGCCCAGGAAAAGUAGAGCAACUUGAUGUUUUCCAUGAGAUGUGCAGGGUGGACACUGUUGAGAGCUCCCAUUUGCCCCCACGGCUCCAUUUGUCCUGCCCCAGUCCUGAGCCAUGGGCCACAGAGUGUGACCCAUUCCCUUUGGACUGCAGCCUGCCACCCUCUAACUCCACUCUCAGCAGCUCCUCCAGCUCAGUGGACUGGGAGCUGGAUGAGGACGCAGACAGCAGUGCUAGUAGUCACGAUGGGAGCUUUUCGUUAACACAGGCCAUAGAGAGAGACCAAACUGAUCAGCACCGUGAAGAAUGUGACAGCGAGGAUUCUUGCUUCACCAACAGCAGCAGGGUUCAGGAUGACUACUCGACUGAUGAAAGAAAGGGUAAAAUGUGUCAGCGCUGCAGGAGGCAGGGCAGAAGUAGAAGCCAGACUCACAUAAUCCAGAAGGAGAAAUCCGAAGGAUUUCUAGAAGUUCCGCAGAACAGCCUCUGUCCGCUGAGGAGAGCAAGGUCACUGGAUGGCAGGGCCUCAGAUUCUACCAUGAGGCCAGACCUUUUGAACUUCAAAAAAGGAUGGCUGCUCAGCCUGAAUGACCAUGAACAGUGGAGGAAGUACUGGUUUGUGCUGUCUGCUCACAGCCUGCAUUACUACUUAGACUCUGGAGCCGAGGAGUCCUCAGAACUGGUGGGAGAAAUUGACCUGACUACCUGUUACCAAGUGACUGAGAACCAAGUUCAGAGGAAUUAUGGCUUUCAACUACAUACUCAUAAACAGGUUUACAAAUUGGCAGCUAUGACUGCUGGGAUACGGCAAAACUGGAUCCAGGCUCUUAUGAAGAAUAUACAGAACCGUAAUGCACCAGAUGUAGCCAGCCUUGCAGAGAACCACUUUCUCCAAGUGGAGGCCCUGUGCGGGCCAGAUGUGACUCAGGACUCCCGCUCUACCCAGCGCUGUCCCGAACAACAGUCCAGCCACAAUAGGAGACAUGAACAUGGCGCUAAAACCUUUGGCUGGGAUGAGGUUGGACAUAGCCACAUGAUGGAACCAGAAACUAGCAGAGAACAGAAGUGGGUGGAUCUCCAGACUGAGAAGGAGCAAGAGAGCAGGAGCAGGAGGAGAGGAAGAGAAGAGCGCAGGCAGAGGUAUGCAAUUGUAAUGGGUUCUUCAGCCUGUCCUACGGAUGAGAGUAGCAGCCUUGGCUCUUCAGAGCAGCAGCAGCAGCAGCAGCAGAGGAUGAGGGAGAUUGAGGAACGUUGGCUGCAGGUGGAAAGGACAGCUAUCCGAGAGGGAAAGAAGGUGCCACUGUAUCCGAACUGCGAGAGUAAGAGCCCUGUGGAGCUGGAGAAACUUCUGGAACAUUACCAGAGGAGGGUGGAACAACUGACUCUCCGGUUAACAGAGUCCGCAGACGAGAACCAAUCACUAGAGCAAGAGCACAAUGCUGACUGGAGCUGCCAGGAGCUGACACAUGAUCUUGGAGUACAACAUAAGCCACAGAAGAUGGGCUCAAAUAAACAAAAUCCUGUGCUGACUCUUACUGACAAAUACCAAGAGACCAAACAGCUUCUUCAGCUGGAGAAUCUGAGAAGACAGCAGAUAAGGAACCAGCUGGGCCUCUGUGCUUCAGCACAGUUUAUAAAAGAGCCUGAAAUAAAGAAUGAAUGCAAUGUGGAUUGUGAAAUGACUUUCAACAAAUCCAGCCUCACAUCACACACUUGGUGUGAGGCAAGCAGAGACUGGGAGGAUGAGCAUAGCAGGGCUGAGGUUGAUUGGUUCAGUGAAAGAGCUGUGGUAGUGGUGAAGGAAAACAUUGGUUCAGAUCCAACUGUGGUAAAGCGAUUCUCUCAGGAAGCCGAGUUUCUAGCCAGGCAAAAUGAGGCACUGAAGCAACAUAAUCAAGAACUACUGAACCAGCUUGCUGAGGCAAACAGAGAGAUUGACAGGCUUAAGGCAGAACUGCGACACCAACCAAAUAGCUGCCAGCCAGAACUGGAGUCUGUUGUGGAGCCUCUUGAGAUGGAAUUAUCCCUGAACCGUGAAAAGCUUCAGGAGGCACAGAACAAGCUGGCAGAGAUGGAAGAGAAUCUGAAGGACACGCAGAGAGAUCUUCAGUUGAGGGAAGCCACAUUAAGAGGCCUGGGUUUCCUGACCAAGGACAGUGAAAAGAUAAGCAAAAUAUCAUCCCAAGGGGAAACUGACAGAAGUUGUCAGAGUGAGAUCAAGCUUUCUGAGCUAGAGAGCCAAUUAGCUCUCUCAGAGCAGACCUGUAGGGAACUCCAGACCCAGAAUGUGCUGGUCAGGGAAUCACAGCUUCUAAAUGGCCACGUGAUAAUAGAGGCUGAAGAGACAGUUAAGACGUUGCAAGGAGAGCUAGAACCUGAUACAUCAUCUCAAUGGGAAGGACUGGUGUGUCUACAACAGCAGGUUCAGGAUGGAAGGAAAUCAAGAGAAGGAAUUCAACGUGUGGUUGAGGAAAGGGUUAGGAUGAGGUCCAGCGUGCUCAGCAAGUUACUAGAGGUCAUCAUACAUAUAGCUGGGAAUGAGAAACAGGGAUCUACCUCAGAACUUGAGAAUAUACAGCUGAAUCCUACAAUGAUUAGGAGGCUACUGUUAGAGAAGAAAGUUUGGGAAAGCUUUGUGAAUGCCUUGAAAGACGAUCCAUUUCAGGGUGUGGAAAAAAUGCUGUGGUAUGGCAAGAUAAAACUGGAAGAGAUUAGGAUGUACCUCUCGGCCCUUAGCAUUUCCACAGACAGCAGUACACUGUUUUCCCUGAGCAAAGAUUCAGACCCACGUCUUUCAACUAACAUGUCUUUGAGCAGUCUUGACAUAACUGAAACUCAUGACGGCACAAUGAAGGAUGAAAAGGAAAGGACAAUACUGUUGAAUGAGCAACUUGAUUUAAUAUGGAGAAGUUUGAAACAGCAUGUGAAAAAUAGACUGACCCUGCUAAACCAUGUAGCAUCUAAAUUGGAGUCAUCAGUUAAUGAAAGACAGUGUGAAAUCUGCAUGCAGACAACUGACUUCCCAUCAUCGAUGCAGGAUCCUGUUGUCAGUGCAGGCCUGGACAUCUUUACUGCCUAUUUGGUUGGGACUCUUGAUGUUCAGAAGGAGAGGACAUUGCCCAUCUUUGAGCCAUUAGGGAGCAAUGUAACAUCUGUAGAAGUACAAACUGAAAACCAGUUUGUGCUGGAGCAGAACAACAAUUGUGAGAAAACGGAGACGAAUGAGGUGACAGAAACUUCUGUUUCCUUGAAAAGUCGUAUAAAGGAACUUGAACACCUAUUAUCCGACGGUGCAAAGAGACUUGCUUCUCUACAGCAGCAACAUGAGGAGGAGAAGGACAGACUCAAGAUGGACAUAGUGGCUGCCUAUGAACAGGGCUUUACCUUGUUGAAGGAGUCUCAUCAGAAGCUCACAGAAGACCUUCUCAUCAAACACCAGCAAGAACAGGAGCUCCUACAGGAGGAGAAGGAAAGGCUUCUAGCCGAAGAAGCAGCCGCCACUCUCACUGUGAUUGAAGCCAUGAAGAGAGCUCAUUGCUCAGAGCUGGAGCGAGUGCUGCAGAAGGCAAAUCAGGAGAAGAGCAGUGGUGACACAAGCAUUUCUGAGAUAUUGAAAAAUCACAGUGAGGAGUUGGCAUCAGUUGAGAGGGAACUGGAUAUACUGUCUGAGCUGUACUCACAGAAAUGUCUGGAGUGUGUCCACCUGGCCCAAGCUCUGGAGGCAGAGAGGAAGGCUCUACAGCAUUGCCAGCACCAGAAUCUAGCACUCAGUACACGCAACCAGGAGUUAAACAACCACCUUGCUGAGGAAGUCAUCAGAUUGUCAACAGUGGCGAUGGAUGGUACCAGUCAGCUGAUUGACGAUAGGCAACAGUAUGAACUGGAGAUUAUGCUGCGAGUAAAAGAAACUGAGGUCAUUUAUCUACAACAGGAAAUCAGCACUUUGAAGAAUGAACUUGAGAGUGCCCAAACGGAUCAAAGGCUUGCUAUAGAAAGAUACCAAGAAAUACAGAUGGAUCACUGCAUGGUGAAAGAGAAGGCAGAACAGCAGAUCGAGCAGCUCAGGGAGCAUCUGAGACUUGCUUACGAGGCCUUAGCAGAGUCUAUGGAGAAGAAGACUUCUGCCACUGCUCUUAAUGCGGGUCAUCACGCCUUACUAAAAAGCUGACAUUAAAGCUACAGCACUUCUCUAACAUAAUGGAUUUUGACCAGGAUACCCAUAAUGUAGCCUCAUGACAGUUACCCACCUUCGCUGAUAAAGAGGAGUGCUACAAUGAAAAGAUAUCUAGACU